AUGCCCCAGCCCAGCAUCCCACCCGUCGCUACCCGUAAACCUCACUCAUUCAGCCAUCAUGGCAUUCAGGUGGAUGACCCCUACGCCUGGCUAAGAGACCCGGGCUACCCGGAGGUGAAUGACAGCGAGAUACUCAGCUAUCUGAAGCAGGAAAACAGCUAUUUUGAAAACUACAUGGCGCCACUGGCACCUGUGGUGGAACAGAUUUUUGAAGAGCUGAAGGCGCGCCAACCGGACGACGACGCCAGUGUCCCUUACCUGAAAAACGGAUUCUGGUAUCAAUGGCGAUUUGAAAAAGAUGCUCAAUACCGGCGUUGGUACCGCGCACCUGAGACCACACCACAAGCCUGGCAGCUACUGCUCGACGAACCCGCCCUUGCCGACGGCCAUGAAUACUUUUCCCUCGGCGCUCUGGCCGUCAGCCCGGAUGGCCGCAGGCUGGCUUACAGCAUUGACGUCGAUGGCAGCGAGCGCUACACCCUGCACAUUAUCGAUAUUCAGAGCCGCCAGCCUUUGAGCACGCCGAUCCCAGCCACCAUGGGUUCACCCAUAUGGGAUGCGCACAGUAAUAAUUUAUUUUAUGUCGUGGUGAAUGAGCAGUGGCAACCACUGGAGGUUUAUCAACACAGUCUGCUCGAUACUGAAGGUGAGGACCGUCUUGUUCACAAAGAAACAGACACUACCUUGCGCGUAUCGUUAGACCUGAGCCAGUCAGAGGAAUGGGUGAUUCUCAACUACGGCGGCCAUACCAGUAACGCAGCGUUUGUCAUUCCUCGUGAUGAUUUCAACACGCCGGCAAAACUGAUCGAGCCGCGUCGCGACGACGUGGAAUAUUAUGUUGACCACGGCAAUGGUGAAUUUGUCAUACGCAGCAAUGUGCGACAAGCCAACUUCGAUAUCUAUCGUGUCAACGAAGAACAACCCGGACAAUCCAACUGGCAAACCUGGGUCGCUGGAGAUGAGCGUCACUACAUUACCGGCCAUGUCGUUUUUAAGAGCCACCUGCUGGUUGAAGAACGCAUAGAUGGCCUGGAUCAGAUUCGAGUCAUAGACAAACAGGACAACCAGCACUAUGUGGCGUUCCCUGAAGCCACUUACGAGGCGGGAAUAGGUUUAACGCCUUCAUUUGACAGCCCGACUGUGCGCAUUAACUACGCCUCCAUGGUCACGCCUAACACCGUAUUCGAAUACGACCUGACGAAACGGUCUUUCACCACCCUGAAAGUCAAACAGAUUCCCUCCGGGUACGAUGCCAGCCAGUUCACCACAGAACGGUUAACGGCAACCGCCCGGGAUGGCGUGGAAGUACCUGUCAGCCUGGUCUACCACCGGGACACACCUGUGGAUGGUCGCGCACCGUUAUACCUGUAUGCCUACGGCGCGUACGGCCAUGCCAUUGCACCUGGCUUUUCAGCAGCACGCAUCUCUUUGUUAGAGCGGGGAUUCAUUUUUGCGAUCGCACAUAUUCGUGGCGGCGACGAUCUCGGCUAUCACUGGUACACAGACGGCAAACUUGACAAGCGAACCAACACAUUCAACGACUUUGUUGAUGUCGCUAAACAUCUGAUCCAGAACAAUUAUGCGACCGCCGGCAACAUAGCCAUCGCGGGCGGCAGCGCGGGUGGCGAACUGAUGGGUGCGGUGGUGAACCAGGCGCCGGAACUGUGGGGCGCUGUGGCUUCCCAUGUACCGUUUGUUGAUGUCUUAAACACAAUGCUGGAUGAGACGCUGCCACUGACACCCCCGGAGUGGGCUGAAUGGGGCAACCCCAUUACAGAUCAGGCGGCGUUUGAGUUUAUCCGCUCAUAUUCGCCCUACGAUCAGCUGAGGCCAGGGGCUUACCCGCCGAUCAUGGUCACUGCGGGCUUAAACGAUCCACGGGUCACUUAUUGGGAACCGGCCAAGUACGUGGCUAAGCUACGUACGCUCAAGCAGGACAGCACUACGCUGCUGCUGAAAACAAAUAUGGGGGCUGGCCAUGGCGGACAAUCGGGACGUUUUGAUGCGCUCAAGGAGCUGGCUGAAGAGUACGCGUUUUUUCUGCACGAACUGGGCGUCAGCAACCAGGCUCCAACAACAUCUGCUUGA